AUGUCAACUGCUCCUGGAUCUUUUUACGGAUCCCGAUAUUUUUACCGCGAGAAAUUCUCAUCUGAUAGAGUUCCUGUCGUCACUGCCGCGGGAUAUGCCCAGGGAGGAGAGCUCAAAAAGAUAGCAAAUGUCAAGCUUUUGGUGAAGAAGUCAACCAAAGAAGCCAGGUUGAUAAUAUCAAGGGUUGAAGAAGACCAAGAAGAUCAAGAAGACCAAGAAGAUCAAGAAGACCAAGAAGACCAAGAAGAGCAAGAAUAUCAGGACGACGAGGACGACCUAGGCAAUGGAGACAAUAAAGACGAAGAUAACGGGGACACGGAAUCUAGAGACGAGCAAGAUGAAGACGAAGACAACAGCGAUGCAGAGGACAGUGGCGAUGGGGGUAAAAGCGACGCAGAAAACGAGGAUGAAGAUGCAAGCGAAGGCGGCGCAGAGGAUGACAACGCAGAUAAUAACAAUGAAGGCAGCGACGGAGAAGAAAAUCCGGACGAAAGUGCUAAGGACCAGCCAGAGGACUCUGAGCAGGAGCCAGAAUCAGAAGCAGGGAACUCUGAGGAUAAUUCUGAAGGGCAGUUAGAAGAUGGAUCUGUAUCCGAACCAGAGGAGGAAUCAGAAUCUAAAUCAGAAGAAGAAAAUGAAGAGAAACUGGAAUCCAGGGCGGAGGAGGACCCAGAGCAAGAUCCAGAAGGAGACCCAGAAGAACAACCUGAAUCUGAGCCAGAGGAAGGGCCUGAGGAAGAUCCAGACAAAGAUCCAGACGAAGGAGACUCAGAAGAACAGCCAGAAUCCGAACCAGAAUCAGAGCCCGAGGAAGAACCAGAAGAUGGCCCAGAAUCGGAACCUGAAGAGGAGCCAGAGGAUUCCGAGCCCGAAGAAGAGCCGGAGGAUAAGAAGGAGGAGGAUGAAGAUGAAUUUAAUCUUAUAUGGAUAGAGGAGGCUUGGAUUGAAGAAGAACCGCGUUCGAUGACUGACAUGGACAUCAACUUUUAA